CCAGUUAAAGGGAAAAGGAGAUCCUCAGAGGAAGGUGACCCCCAAGACCCAUCUGAAUCCCCUAAGCUUCAUGAUGAGCAGAACAGGAGCCAGAGCCUGGUCCAGCUGGAGUUAACCUGUGGAAGAUCUACAAGGCCGUGGAGAAUCUGGGGGCCUAUGAGCUGGCUGGUCCUCCCAUACGUGCGGCAUCUGAAGGGGGAGGAGGACAAGCCACUGCCCCCUUCCAAGCCCAAGAAGCAGUACAAGAUGACCAAAGAUUCUCGUGAGGACAAUAGUACUGUGGAAAGGCUCAGGAAGGCCAAGGAAGAGAAGUUGGGAAGCCAGAUGCCGCCAGAAAAGAGCAAAGCAGAAGCCACCACCAACCCAGUCCAGCUCUCCAGUUUAGAGCCCACCAAGGAGCGCAUGGAGCAGUCAGGCCCCAUCUCUGGGCUAUCUCUGCCCCAUGUUAGUGCCAGCGACUGCCCUGAGGCCUACAAGCGGCUCCUGUCCAACUUCUACUCGAAAGGAACACAUGGCAUAAUGUCCCCACUGGCUAAAAAGAAACUCUUGGCCCAGGUGAGCAAGGCUGGGGCCUUGCAGUGCCGGGAAGAGAACUGCCAGCAUGGAGCAGAAGGCCCUCCCAGGAAACUCCCAGAACCCUCAGUAAUCUGCCCUCCAGAACAUCCCGUGAGCCCAGUUGAAGCGGCAGAGAGAGACGGGCAGAUGCUGGGCACUCAGGAGGCACUGCAGGGCCCUGGACGCCGCCCUGCAAAGGAGGCACCCAUGGGCCCUGGGCUGUCUUCCCCCAUCUUCACCAAUUGUUUCCACACCUGCCCCACCAAGGUGCUGAAGCCGGUCAGCCAGCACCCCCAGGACUUACCCCAUCUCAAAAAUGGGGUGUUGAUGAGGCCUUGCAGCAAAGAGGGGCCACAGUUUGUGUGGGGAGGGGAUGCCAGCCACCCUUCUGCCUUCCACAGAGGUAGCUCCAAGGACAGCAAGCGCAAGCCCAAAGCCUGCUGGGUGUCCCCUAUGGCCAAAGCCCCUGUGGAGAGCCCUUCAUCCCUUCCUGCCUUUCCUGGCAGCAAGCGCCACCUGGAGGAAGAGGGUGUUGCCCAUGGGGGCAAGAAACUGUGGGCUAUGCCCCCCUUUCUGAAGGAGGUGGAUGCCAAGGAGUGUGAGGCCAAGACUAUAGGGCCUGACCUGGCUGUUUCCUGCCUGCUGGGCUCAGCUCUGGGACCUGCCCUCCCCGAGGCCUACAGGGGCACCAUGCUGCGAUGGCCACUCAACUUUGCCAGUAGCCUGGAUCCCUUGAAGGGCCAGGCCUCCCACCCCUUCAGUCCUCUGGUCAUCCCCGCCUUUCCAGCCCAAUUCCUAGCCAACACUGCACCCUCGACCAUGUCCACUGGACUGCAGUACUUAUCCCCGGCCUCUUUUGACAAUGCUCUCCACCACAGACUAUACCCAGGCUCUCCUGCCUGGCAUGUGCCGCCUGCCACAGCCUAUGCUGCACCCCACUUCUUUCACCUCAACACCAAGCUGUAGGCCUACUCACUUGUGUGGAAAGGGUGUGAUUUAAGCUGUCAGGUGCUGCCAGGGACUUGGGACUGAGCUGUCCUGGGGUAGGUUUGGCUAGGCCCCGGGGCCUGGGCUGGAAAUGGCUUAUCUCGAGGAAGUUGCUGGGGCUUCCAUGUGGUUAAGUCUUGGGAAGGAGGUUAUGCAGGGCUGGUGGCACCCUGCUAGGCUCCUACGAAGUGACCAAGAAUGAGGUACAAGAAGCAGGAAGCUGUGUAGGAAGAAUCCAAUAAAGGAGCAACAUUAACGCCCA